GAAACACAGCCUAGUCCAGGCAAGCUACUGGUCCCUGGCUGUGCUGGACGAACUUCGACACAAUGGUGUUGGCCUUUUGGAAGGUCUUUCUGAUCCUAAACUGUCUUGCAGGUCAAGUUAGCGCAGUGCAAGUGACCAUCCCAAACAGUGUCAUGAAUGUGACUGCUGGAUCUAAUGCCACUCUUAUCUGCACCUACACCAGCACUGUGGCCUCCCGAGACAAGCUUUCCAUCCAGUGGUCAUUCUCCCAUGAAAAGGAGUCACAGCCAAUUACCCACAGCUCGUGUCUCAAUACUGAGGGUAUGGAGGAAAAGGCAGUCAGUCAGUGUCUAAAAAUGGUGCAUGCAAGAGACGCUCGGGGAAGAUGUAGCUGGACCUCUCAGAUUUACUAUUCUGAAGGUGGACAAGCUGCAUCUAUCGGACGAUUUAAAGAUCGAAUUGUAGUGUCCAACGAGCCAGAUAACGCAUCCAUCACUAUUUUGUAUAUGCAACCAGCAGAUAGUGGCAUCUACACCUGUGAUGUUAACAACCCCCCUGAUUUUAAUGGCAACAAUCAAGGCAUCCUCACAGUCAGUGUGUUAGUCAAACCUUCUAAGCCCUUUUGCAGCAUUCAAGGAAUACCAGAAACUGGCCGUCCUAUAUCUCUUUCUUGCCUUUCGGUGCUUGGAACACCUUCCCCUGUGUACCACUGGUAUAAACUUGAAGGAAGAGACAUCAUCCCAGUGAAAGGAAGAUUCGAUCCAGUCACCGGUACUUUGGUUAUUGGAAAUCUGACUAAUUUUGAAGAAGGUUAUUACCAGUGCACUGCGAUCAACAACCUUGGCAAUAGUUCCUGUGAAAUCGAUCUAACUGCUUCACAUCCAGAAGUUGGAAUCAUUAUUGGGGCCUUGGUAGGUACCUUGGCGGGUGCUGCCAUUGUCACUUCUGUGGUGUGCUUCGCAAGGAGCAAGGCAAAGACAAAGAGGAAAGAAAGGAAGAGAAAUUCUAAAACCACUGCAGAACUCGAACCAAUGACAAAGGUAAACCAAGGUACAGAGUUCGAGACGAUGCCAUCUGAGGACGUUAUCCAACUAGAAUCAACUCUGCCACCUUCCUUCCAUGAGACUGAUUCUGACACCAUCCUGGGGCCAGAUCAUGAGCCUAUCCCCAAGCCUGAGCCUGCCUCGGAGCCUGCCCAGGGGCCUGCCCCAAGACCUGAGCCUGUCCAGGUACCUGAGCCGGAGAUUGAGCUGGAUCCGGAAACCGAGUUGGAGCCAGAGAUGGAGCUGGAGCUUGAGCCGGAGCCGGAGCCGGAGCCGGAGCCCGGGAUUGUAGUUGAGCCCUUGUGUGAUGACGAAAAACAAGUGAAUAAGCCAUAG